AUGACUCCUUCUCCAUUGAAUCUCAAUCGUACGGCCAAUUCUUCAGUAUACACUUUAGCUACGGUCAACGAACGCCAUGAUGAGGAGAACUCUCCCCAUGCUCCACUUCUCACUCCCUCAACACCUUCGUAUGGUUCCACUAUGCCUCGGUCGCCUGGGACAUCCAGAUCAUCGCGGAAGCUUAUUCUGAAUGCAACGUUGAAGAUGGCUGCUAUAUUUGUGGUCAGUACGGCAAUUUUGGGAAUCACACUGUGGCUUGCACUGCCAACUCUGGAAGAGAAGGACAGACCUAUGUUGCGCAUACCAAAAUCCUUCGAACAACUUCAGGAUCUCAAUGGCCUUUUGAAAAAAUACCGGGACAUCUAUCCCUACAGAAUAGUGAUAUGUUAUAUCACCGUUUACUUAUUCUUGCAAGCUUUUUCCCUUCCCGGUUCCAUGUAUCUUUCAAUACUUGGUGGCGCAGUGUGGGGUGUAGCGCGCGCACUUCCUCUAGCAUGCUGCUGUGUCGCUUCAGGAGCAACCCUUUGCUACCUUAUAUCAUCCGCCCUGGGGCCUGCGCUCCUUACCAUUCCCCGUAUCAAGAAACAUCUAGAAAGCACGGCCGCCAGGGUCCAGCGGAAUAAAGAGAACCUAAUCUCCUUUCUCAUCGUGUUGCGCAUUGCUCCUCUUCCUCCUCAUUGGGUCGUGAACGUCGUCGCUCCACACGUAGGAAUAUCCAUACCAACGUUCUGGAUCAGUACCGCUCUAGGAAUCUUUGGUGUCUCUGUCAUCCAUACGACUAUCGGAGGUGGUCUUGAUGAGAUGACUAGUGCCGAUGAUUUUCAUCUAAUUAGUUGGAAGAAUUUCCUUGGUCUUUCUGCCAUCGUAUUAGGGGUGAUGAUUCCAGUUGGACUGAGAUAUUGGUUCAAACGUGGAGGAGUUACUGCAGAUAUAGAGGAACAGGACGAGGAUACUCCAAGUUCAGCCAUGACGCCUACGCCGCGAAGCGCUGCUAAUGGAGCAGUAUUCCUCUAUGAUGAGGAAGAAGAGGAAGAAGAAGACCAGAUUCUUGCUGCGGGAGCCACCCGUCUGGCCAACAAGUCGAAGGACGCUGAUUCCCGCACCCAACUUUUGGCUUCCGAAGACGACAUUGACGAAGACGAUUACACAUCUGAAGACGACGACGGCGAUAUCAUUUUGGAAGCUGGGCCCUCUCUGAACGACUCAGAGUCAAAGUUACCCAAACUUGUGGAUCCCUAG